UUCAUUCAGAUAAUAGGAGCUCUACCCGUGACAGAUGGCAGAAGGGCACAUCUUCUGAAAACUUACUAAAAAUUGGUGAAUUACAGAAUUCUAAAUUUUAAUAUCUUCAUCAUUCUGAAAGCAGUUCAAACAGAACCAAAACAGAAAUAUUUGGCAUAAAAUUGUAAAUUUUUGUGCUUAGUUUUAUUUUUAUUCUUAAGAGCCAGCUUCUGAAAGCCGCCUAAUGUCAGGAAUUGGGAAGAGUGAUGACACAGUGCUAUUGGUGAGAAAAUCCUUCAGUUUUUUUCUCUGAUGUAGAAUUUGACUUGAUUAAAACCAUGGCUCCAGCAGUCCGCAGAAGUCAUACUUCUUGAUCUUCCAUUGUUUUGAAGCACAAGACCUUUAAACCACUGUAGGUAUGGACAAGGAAGAAAGGAAGAUCAUCAAUCAGGGUCAAGAAGAUGAAAUGGAGAUUUAUGGUUACAAUUUGAGUCGCUGGAAGCUUGCCAUAGUUUCUUUAGGAGUGAUUUGCACUGGUGGGUUUCUCCUCCUGCUCCUCUAUUGGAUGCCUGAGUGGCGGGUGAAAGCGACCUGUGUCAGAGCUGCAGUUAAAGACUGUGACGUCGUGCUGCUGAGGACUACUGAUGAAUUCAAAAUGUGGUUUUGUGCAAAAAUUCGCGUUCUUUCUUUGGAAACUCACCCAGUUUCAAGUCCAAAAUCUAUGUCUAAUAAGCUUUCAAAUGGCCAUGCAGUUUGUUUAACUGAGAAUCCCACUGGAGAAAAUAGGCACGGGAUCAGUAAAUAUUCACAGGCUGAAUCACAACAGAUUCGUUAUUUCACCCAUCAUAGUGUAAAAUAUUUCUGGAAUGAUACCAUUCACAAUUUUGAUUUCUUAAAGGGACUGGAUGAAGGUGUUUCUUGUACGUCAAUUUAUGAAAAGCAUAGUGCAGGACUGACAAAGGGGAUGCAUGCCUACAGAAAACUGCUUUAUGGAGUAAAUGAAAUUGCUGUAAAAGUGCCUUCUGUUUUUAAGCUUCUAAUUAAAGAGGUUCUCAACCCAUUUUACAUUUUCCAGCUGUUCAGUGUUAUACUGUGGAGCACUGAUGAAUACUAUUACUAUGCUCUAGCUAUUGUGGUUAUGUCCAUAGUAUCAAUCGUAAGCUCACUGUAUUCCAUUAGAAAGCAAUAUGUUAUGUUGCAUGACAUGGUGGCAACUCAUAGUACUGUGAGAGUUUCAGUUUGUAGAGUAAAUGAAGUCUACACCGGAGAACUCGUCAAAGCCAUAGUUGUUAGAACAGGAUUUAGUACUUCCAAAGGACAGCUUGUUCGUUCCAUAUUGUAUCCCAAACCAACUGAUUUUAAACUCUACAGAGAUGCCUACUUGUUUCUACUAUGUCUUGUGGCAGUUGCUGGCGUUGGAUUUAUCUAUACUAUUAUUAAUAGCAUUUUAAAUGAGGUAGAAGUUGGGGUCAUAAUUAUCGAGUCUCUUGAUAUUAUCACAAUCACUGUGCCCCCCGCACUUCCUGCUGCAAUGACUGCUGGUAUUGUGUAUGCUCAGAGAAGACUGAAAAAAAUCGGUAUUUUCUGUAUCAGUCCCCAAAGAAUAAAUAUUUGUGGACAGCUGAAUCUUGUUUGCUUUGACAAGACUGGAACUCUAACUGAAGAUGGUUUAGAUCUUUGGGGGAUUCAACGAGUGGAAAAUGCACGAUUUCUUUCACCAGAAGAAAAUGUGUGCAAUGAGAUGUUGGUAAAAUCCCAGUUUGUUGCUUGUUUGGCUACUUGUCAUUCACUUACAAAAAUUGAAGGAGUGCUUUCUGGUGAUCCACUUGAUUUGAAAAUGUUUGAGGCCAUUGGAUGGAUUCUGGAAGAAGCAACUGAAGAAGAAACAGCACUUCAUAAUCGAAUUAUGCCCACAGUGGUUCGUCCUCCCAAACAACUGCUUCCUGAAUCUACCCCUGCAGGAAACCAAGAAAUGGAGCUGUUUGAACUUCCAGCUAUUUAUGAGAUAGGAAUUGUUCGCCAGUUUCCAUUUUCUUCUGCUUUGCAACGUAUGAGUGUGGUUGCAAGGGUGCUAGGGGAUAAGAAAAUGGAUGCCUAUAUGAAAGGAGCACCCGAGGUCAUUGCCAGUCUUUGUAAACCUGAAACAGUUCCUGUAGAUUUUCAAAACGUUUUGGAAGACUUCACUAAACAGGGCUUCCGUGUGAUUGCUCUUGCACACAGAAAAUUAGAGUCAAAACUGACAUGGCAUAAAGUACAGAAUAUUAGCAGAGAUGCAAUUGAGAACAACAUGGAUUUUAUGGGAUUAAUUAUAAUGCAGAACAAAUUAAAGCAAGAAACCCCUGCAGUACUUGAAGAUUUGCAUAAAGCCAACAUUCGCACCGUCAUGGUCACAGGUGACAAUAUGUUGACUGCUGUCUCUGUGGCCAGAGACUGUGGAAUGAUUCUACCUCAGGAUAAAGUGAUUAUUGCUGAAGCAUUACCUCCAAAGGAUGGGAAAGUUGCCAAAAUAAAUUGGCAUUAUGCAGACUCCCUCACACAGUGCGGUCAUCCAUCAGCAAUUGCCUCAGAGGCUAUUCCAGUUAAAUUGGUCCAUGAUAGCUUAGAGGAUCUUCAAAUGACUCGUUAUCAUUUUGCAAUGAAUGGAAAAUCAUUUUCAGUGAUACUGGAGCAUUUUCAAGACCUUGUUCCUAAGUUGAUGUUGCAUGGCACCGUGUUUGCUCGUAUGGCACCUGAUCAGAAGACACAGUUGAUAGAAGCAUUGCAAAAUGUUGAUUAUUUUGUUGGGAUGUGUGGUGAUGGCGCAAAUGAUUGUGGCGCUUUGAAGAGGGCACACGGAGGCAUUUCCUUAUCAGAGCUCGAAGCUUCAGUGGCAUCUCCCUUUACCUCUAAAACUCCUAGUAUUUCCUGUGUGCCAAACCUUAUCAGGGAAGGCCGUGCUGCUUUAAUAACUUCCUUCUGUGUGUUUAAAUUUAUGGCAUUGUACAGCAUUAUCCAGUACUUCAGUGUGACUCUCCUGUAUUCUAUCUUAAGUAACCUAGGAGACUUCCAGUUUCUCUUCAUUGAUCUGGCAAUCAUUUUGGUAGUGGUAUUUACAAUGAGUUUAAAUCCUGCCUGGAAGGAACUUGUGGCACAAAGACCACCUUCGGGUCUUAUAUCUGGGGCCCUUCUCUUCUCCGUUUUGUCUCAGAUUAUCAUCUGCAUUGGAUUUCAAUCUUUGGGGUUUUUUUGGGUCAAGCAGCAACCUUGGUAUGAAGUGUGGCAUCCAAAAUCAGAUGCUUGUAAUGCAACCGGAAGCCUGCUUUGGAAUUCUUCACACUUAGACAAUGAAACCGAACUUGAUGAACAUAAUAUACAAAAUUAUGAAAAUACCACAGUGUUUUUUAUUUCCAGUUUUCAGUACCUCAUAGUGGCAAUUGCCUUUUCAAAAGGAAAACCCUUCAGGCAACCUUGCUACAAAAAUUAUUUUUUUGUUUUUUCUGUGAUUUUUUUAUAUGUUUUUAUAUUAUUCAUCAUGUUGUAUCCAGUUGCCUCUGUUGACCAGGUUCUUCAGAUAGUGUGUGUACCAUAUCAGUGGCGUGUAACUAUGCUCAUCAUUGUUCUUGUCAAUGCCUUUGUAUCUAUCACAGUGGAGGAGUCAGUGGAUCGGUGGGGAAAAUGCUGCUUACCCUGGGCCCUAAGCUGUGGAAAGAAGAUACCAAAGGCAAAGUACAUGUAUCUGGCGCAGGAGCUCUUGGUUGAUCCAGAAUGGCCACCAAAACCUCAGACAACCACAGAAGCUAAAGGUUUAGUUAAGGAGAAUGGAUCAUGUCAAAUCAUCACCAUAACAUAGCAGUGAAUCAGUCUCAGUGGUAUCGCUGAUAACAGUAUUCAGGAAUACAUGAUAUUAGGAGUUUCUGAUCCUGUGUGUCAGAAUGGCGCUAUUUCAGUUUAUGUCCCUUCUGAUAUAGUAGCUUAUUUGAGAGCUUUGCUCUUUCUUAAACAUGAAAACAGAAAAAGAUAUCGUCCUAAUAGUUCAAUUAACAGUCAAUCCAUAAAGUCCUGUAUCUUCAUUCAGUAACCAAAAUAUUACAUACAUUUCCAGAAUUUUCUUGGUUGUUACUCUCAGUGAUAUUCUUUAUAUUGGGUACAGGAGAAGUUUGGUAGGUUUUUCAACAAUAGUUUUUGAGACCAGUUUACCUCUUCACAUUUAUGCUCACAACCCCCUUAUUAGAAAAGUCUGUAUUUAUAUACAGGCUCUAAAUUUGUGAUUGAUUAAAAGAAAGUGAGUGUUAAUUAGCCUCCAGUGAAAAUAUAUUGAAAGCCUAUUUUCAUUUGAUUCCAAUAUUUCUUCCAAAGAAUUCUAUAUAAACAUAUGCCAAUUCCCUAAGAUGGUUUAGAGUUAGGAAUGAGUUUUUAUGGUGUUUCUUAUAGAACAACUCAGGUAAUUUCCAUUUCUGGUUUUAUAUUUUCUGUACAAACUGCCUGGGUUUUAUUUUUCUAAUCAGCAAGGUGCUUCACUGCCUUCUUGAGACGCCUCUCAAAGCUAUUAAAUGGCUCCUGUGCUAUGUGUGGUGUCAGUAGUCUAAUUUGCUUCUGUUAAAUGUUGUAGAACCUUUUUCACUAGGAAAUAAGAUUCAUUUCUUUUGGCAGUAGAUGAAGAUUCAUCUUUUACUGUUUCUUCAAAUGUGUUUCUGUCAGGCUUUGUGUUAUUUUAAAUGGUUUUUAAAAUUUUCUUCUGUGUUUUCAAUUACCUAAAGACAUAGGAUAAUAGUUUUUUUAAGUUAGAAUUUUACCUCAUAAAAUUUUUUUGAGGUUUGAUGUGUGUCUCUGUCUUACCAAUAAUGAGGCUUAAAAAAUAUUGGAUUUGAAUGGCUGCCAUUUUUUCAAAGCAAUAUGAAUUUGAUGAGUUUGUUUUAUGCCAUUAGGUGGCGCCAGAGGUCAGAGCAUGUCUGUUUUGAUUUGGAUUGUUACAAAUAAGCAUAUUUGAUGUGGAAAUUUCUGGGAGACAAAAAAAUUGAGGAAAUAAAGUUAAAAAAUUGACAUUCAUUGAGCCAAAAGAAAUGUGGAGAAGCAUUUUUCACCUUUCUGUUUGGCCUGAUUAACAUUUAAAUUCUUGCCAAAAUUAAGGUAACUUUAAAAAAAUGCCUUUUGUAGGUAGGAUCCAGCAGUUUGGCAAUGCCCACAGUUAUCGCCACACAGAAAACUGAUAGUGCUGUGAAAUGGACACUAAACUAUUAAACCAGCGUGCCAUUGCUCUCUGUUCUUCCAUAGCCAGUAACAUGCUUGCUCGUGCUUUCUACUUCUAGCGAUCAUUCUUUUCCCAGUAUAUAUUUACAAAUUUACCAAAUUUUACCUAGAAUUUUAGGACCAAAUGGUUCUCACUCUUUAUGCUGCAAAGACCUGGAUGAUGUUUGGUAACUAUAGAAAAAUAGAAGUUACACUCAGGAUCACUGUUACUGCUAUUGCCACUGAUGAUUCCUGCAAAAAUAUAAUCGAAGUUUUCCAUCAAAUGUAUAAUAUGCUAUUAAUACAUAUUAGAUGAUGACAAUUGUUCCAUGAAUGAUUCUAUGAAGCUAUGCAUCUUAGACCUCUUGAGCUGUGAAUUAGCACUAUUUUCUAUAGUUACUUAUUCUCUGGAUCAUUUUAUAAUUUCCAUAUUAAUUUCAAAUAUGCUCGUGUUAUUCUUCAGUGAUUUCCACAAUUGUGCAUUUUAUUCUUUGGUUUAAGUACUGAAGCAUAUAAUGAAAGUAAUUGCUAAGUAGCAGCUUAAAAAUUCAAUUAUCAGAUUGUAUUUAACAUCUUUAAGAGCAUGAUCAUAAAGAGCUAUUUUCGACACCCCCCUCCCCACUUUUUUAACAUUUAGAGUUAAUAAGGGUUUUAUAUUUCAUCUGUCCAUAUUGUUUUCAAAGGAAUGAGGUGUUUAGGUAGGUGGAAAAGCAUUUGUAGGAAGCUAGAUUUGAAUAUAGAGAAGGUGGGUUAUUCACGUUGAGAAUGUUAUUUGAAGAACGCCUGUGAAGCCAGGUGUGGGUUCUACUCAGUGCCAUAGAUAGACUGAGUCUUCUCUUGUAGGUCACCAUUACAUAGUAAUUUUGAUUCUGAAUUUCACAUUAAAUUAUUUGAGUUUAUACAGACCUAAAUUUUAAAAUCUGUACAUAUAUUAUUUUGAUGUAUUAAGAUGAAUAAAUAUUGCUGAUUUAAAUUUUAUUUAUGCACAUACUUAAAGGACAGAAAUGUCUGGGAAAGUAAUUGUUAAAUAAUGAUAUGUAACUUUUUAACUUUUUAAAUAAAUAACAAGAUUUUUAAUGUGUGUCUCCCUCAGGGUUGUUUAAAGUUUUUUUUCUCCCUCAAGUUUAAAUAGUGGUAACUAUAUGUUUUGUAUCUUCUAGCACCAACUGCUGUAAAGCAAUGCUGCAAAUAAUGCUUGAAUAAAAGUGGCUAAGCCAACAACAAAAUAAAUACUUUUUAUAGUAGUUUUGUAAUCCUUAAAUUCGAAAGCUUUCCAAAUUGCACUUGCAUCUAAACAAAACUGUUGCAGUUUUUACUCUAUUUAUUUUGUUCCCCAUGUUUGUGAAAGUCCUGCACAGUUUCAAAGGCAUGGUAAAUAAUAUAUCAAUGUUUAUGUAGUCUGUUACAAAAACAGCUAUAGAUAACAUUAUCCAGUGAAAAGCAAAAUUCAAGCUUUAGAAAAUACUCAUGCAUGCAAUUUUGACAUAUCUAAAAAUAGAUUUUUAUAUAUUUAUGGUGGGAGGUGGUUGGGAACUUUCAACAAAAUGGGGUGUUAAUUUUUGUACAGUCUGUGGGCAUUUACACAUUUUUAAUGUAUUAAAAUUUGGUAAUUAUGUGUACAUUAAAUUAAUAAAAUAGCUACUUCUGGUUAUGAUUUGUGAAUUCCCUAAGACCUUGGAUUUUUUUAAGUAACUUUAUAUCAGAAAUGAUACUGCAUCUUUAUAUUUUUAAAACUGUAUUGCUGCUCAAGAAUGGUACCCUCUUGUCAAAAAGGCACACAUUCAUAAUUGUACAUUCAGCAUUGUAAAUAAUCUGAUGAAACCUUUUUUGAUCGAAGCUAUUCAAAAUAAAAAUUUUAAUGAUGAAAUAA